GUUAAUUAGGGUUUAUUAUCAUAUUUUUUUUGUUCCCUAAAUAUAAGUGAAUAUAAAAUGCAUCCGGAAGAGGAAGAGAUACAUGAGGAGGAGGAGGAGGAGGAGGAUGAUGAGGAAGGAUUGGAGAUAUGGGGGGAGUGGGAGGAGACGCCGUAUCUUCAGUUGGAAGAUGGAAGAUUCGAGAUCACCGAUGAGUAUAUCACCGAGUCUAGGCCCAUCCGUAGGCUUUGGCAGUCUGGAUGGCGCGGUAAGAUACCUGCCCCAAUCGAAGGCAAAAGCAGCACGAUCAUUCUAACGGCUCUUCAAUUCUGCAAGGAUCGCGGGGAGAUCAGGAAGCAGUAUUGGAAACAUGAUGUAAACAUCCUCCAACAUAAGUUCAAGCUUUUCGAUGACGACUUUUUUCAACGCAAUCGCUCCGAUGCUAUUGAUCUCGCCGAUGUGGCUUGCCGUUUGCAGAUCAGAAGCCUCUAUCACCUGAUGAAGGAACGUGCUGCUGAAAUGCUCGCUGAGAAGACUCCUGAUGAGAUUCGCGAACUCUUUAAACUACGUUAUGAGGCAGAUGAAACUACUGCUGCUGAUGACUUACGUACAAUGAAAAAGGUGGUCAGCAAUGCUGGUUGGGCUUUUCGGCCUCUCUCUAGCUUUUUAAAUCCUGUGGUUUUAGAUGCUUAGUAGUAGUAUCAUAUAUGUCUUGUUGAUUAGGAGUCCGAGGAAAUAUAUAUAUAUAUAUAUAUAUAUAUUUAUGGUUUCAUGGUGAUCUAGCCACUUUGUACAUCCUUUGAGAUUAUCAUGCAAACGAAAAGAAUGAGACUUGCAUUAAAGACUAA